AUGUUCUCAUCGCCACCGCUCUGCCGCCGCUUCUCCACCGCAACCGACCGCCUGACCGGCCAGAUUCUCGCCGCCGUCCUUCAAAACAGGCCUCUCGACUCCGCUCCUACCCACCACAACCAAACCCGCGUUUGGACAUCAGAAAACGUCUCUCAGGUCCUGAGAUCAAUCCCUCUAUACCUCUUCCAGUCGCCGAGAUCCAUCGGCCGCCAGAAAACCCACCGCCACCGUUCCCCCAUCCGUCAGAGAAACCUCAAGCAGGAAACAACCAAGCGCAAAACAGGCUCCCUAAUCCUCGGCCCCGCGGCCCACAGAGACCCCAAGCUCCUGAAUCUCGGGCUCGAGAAGGCGCUAGAGUUCUUCUACUGGGUCGAGAACCGGUUCGGUUUCCGGCACGACGACCGGACCUGCCGCGAGAUGGCGAUUGUCCUCGCCAGGGGCAAUCGAAUGAACCUUCUCUGGGAUUUCCUCAAGAACAUGUCGAGGCGGCACGAGAAUCGUGCCCUCGUCACCACCUCCACCAUGACCUGCCUCGUCAAAACCCUAGGCGACGAGGGGCUGGCGAACGAGGCCCUCUCCGCCUUCUACAGGAUGAAGCAGUUCCACUGCUCGCUGGACGUCCGCGCCUACAACACCGUGAUUCAAGCACUCUGCAGGGUCGGGUUCUUCAACAAGGCAAAAUCCAUUUUCGAGCAGAUGAAUCUUCCCGGGUUCAAAUGCCCGCCGGACGUCUUCACCUACACGAUCCUCAUCGGCUCCUACUGCCGCCACGCGCUGGCCACCGCCUCCCGGAAGGCUAUCCGGCGGCGGGUUUGGGAGGCGAACCAUUUGUUCCGGCUGAUGCUCUUCCGGGGAUUCUCGCCGGAUGUGGUGACCUACAAUUGCUUGAUCAAUGGGUGUUGUAAGACGAACAGGAUUGGCCGGGCACUGGAGCUGUUCGACGAAAUGUGUAAAAGAGAAUGUGAGCCUAACCGAGUUACUUACAACUCGUUCAUAAGGUAUUUUAGUGCUGUGAACGAGGUGGACCGGGCAAUUGAGAUGUUGAGGAGGAUGAAGGAGAGGAAUCAUGGGGUGCCGAGUUCAAGCUCAUACACGCCAAUUAUUCAUGGUUUGUGUGAGGUGGGGAGGGUGGAGGAAGCGGCGGCUUUCCUGGCGGAGUUGGUGGAGGGAGGGUCGGUGCCGAGAGAGUAUACGUAUGAGUUGGUUCGUGGGGCAUUGGGUUCGGAAGGGAAAAUGGGUUUGUUGAAUGAAAGGUUGUGUGGAGAGAUUGAAGAUGGUAUUGAGGAGAGGGUUAGAUGUGUGAUGAAGGUGAAACCUAGUUUGAGGCGGGAAAGGCGUGUACCAGUCGGCCGGUGA